AUGAAUGAAUGUAAUAUAUUCGAUCGCUAUUUGUAAAUAUCUGUGUAUUUGCUUGUGUGUAAAUAAAUGGCGGCAGAUUGCAACUUUCUCCAUUUAAAUGGAUGAAUGUAAGAUGAGAGGUAUGUAGGUGGUUGAUGAAAUGAUGGUAACCUUCAAAACGACAAUAUCAUUGGAUCAAUUGUUUUCCCUAUUUAUUUUAUAUGAUGGAAUUUUUCUUUCUAUCAUUUAUUUUGUUUCUUUCGUCAUGGUUUUAUCUUGUCUGUUGUCAUUCAUUCUGUCCAUUCCAUUCGAAUCGGUUCAUUGGUUUAAAUUCACGAUGGAUCAUCAACGGUUGAUUAUUGUGAUUUUAUUAUUUUUAUUAUCAAAUCAUUAUCAUCUAGCUGUUGCUCAAGAUACAAUUUUUGCUAAAGGUGGUACUUGUCUAUAUAAAAUAGGAAAACAAUGGCAAGAAUGUAUGGAUCAACAAAGCGAACGACUAACAUAUGAACGUGAUAAUCUUGAACCAGUAUAUACACGAGCUGCUUUGACCGAAUCGGUGAAUAGAAUUUCUUGUUGUGCUUAUUAUGAAUUUUUAGAUUGUAUCGAAUAUGCAGCUCGUCAACAUUGUCCACAUGAAAAACAUGAUAUGAUUGCCUAUAGUCGUCAAUUAGGUUCUGCUGUUCCAUCAGAUAUCUGUCAUGAACAAUUUCCACGACAAAUUAUUGAAUGUAGUGGCCAUAUACAACGAUAUUCAUCGGGCGCAUCCUCAAUUUUUUAUUUGUCAUCAUUGUUGACAUUAUUUCGAAUAUGUUUGGAGCGAAUAUGGCCAGAUUUUCAACGAUGUCGUGAUCGUCAACGUGAACAUCAUCAAUAUGGCCGUUAUUCAUCAGGUUUCUUUUUUACAUCAACUGAUGUUUAUCAGCCUAAAUACAAAGUAGAAUGUUGUUCAUAUUGGGAACUAUUGGAAUGUGUCCAUCGUGCAGCCAAAAUCUAUUGUACGGAUGAUGAUGUUGAUUUGAAAAAAUUAGAUCAAGCAUUGGAAACAUUUGGUUUGAAUGUACCUUUGUAUAUUUGUACUGAAGAAUAUCCGAAAGGUUCUCUUCGUUGUAAAAUUCGUUCAUGGUUCAUCAUGACUAUCGUGAUGGAAUUAUCUGGUGAAAUCAGAAAAAUUUGGGAUUAUAUCGAACAAAAUCAAGAUAGAUAUGUUCAAUAUUUAGCCGAUGCAGUCGCCAUUCCAAGUGUAUCAUCACAAAAAGAAACUCGUCCGGAAACAUUAAAUGUUGUACAACAUUUUAAACAGUUGCUAGAAUCCAAAGGUGUUAAAUGUGAAUUACAUACUAUUGGUGAUGAAACAUUUCCUGAUGGAACUCGACUACCAUUGCCACCUGUUCUUUGUGGUUAUAUUGGCACUGAUAUUAAAAAGAAGACAUUGUGUGUUUAUGGACAUCUCGACGUACAACCAGCUCUUUUACAAGAUGGUUGGAACACCGAACCAUUCAAAUUGGUUGAACGCGAUGGCAAGCUAUAUGGCCGUGGUGCUUCUGACGAUAAAGGUCCAGUGUUAGCUUGGAUCAAUAUGAUCGAUGCAUUUCAAACCUGUUCGGCCCCAUUGCCUAUAAAUUUGAAAUUUAUUUUCGAAGCUAUGGAAGAAUCCGGCUCCGUAGGAUUACAUCAAUUGAUUAAAUCGUUAAAAGAUACCUUCUUGGAAAAUGUCGAUUAUUUCUGCAUAAGUGACAAUUAUUGGUUAGGACAAUCUCGGCCUUGUUUAAGUUAUGGACUUCGAGGAAAUGCUUAUUUCUAUUUAGAGGUCGAAUGUGCUAAAAAAGAUCUUCAUUCAGGGGUGUAUGGUGGUGCUGUUCAUGAGGCAAUGACUGAUUUAAUCCAUCUAAUGUCAAAAUUAACAGAUGAAAAAGGUAAUAUUUUAAUACCUGGUGUCUGGGAUCAUGUGGAACCGUUUACAACUGAUGAACGUAUUGAAUUACAAUCAAUCGAUUUUGAUGAGGCUGCUUAUCGUGAUGAGAUCGGUACAAGUAGAUUACGUUUCAAUGAUAAAGUUAAUAUUCUUGCUCAUCGUUGGCGAUUUCCCUGUCUUUCUGUUCAUGGAAUCGAAGGCGCAUUUUCCGAUCCUGGUUCUAAAACCGUCAUACCUCGUAAAGUAAUUGGGAAAUUUUCUAUACGUUUAGUACCAAAUCAAGAUCCAGAUGAUAUUACAAUCAAAGUUACUAAUUAUUUAAACGAAGAGUUUAAGAAACUUAACUCACCAAACAAAAUGUCGGUGCACAGACAAAAAUCCAGUCGACCUUGGAUUGCUGAUACGAAUAGUAAUAAUUUUAUAGCUGGUAAAUUGGCCAUCAAAAAUGUUUAUGGCAUACAACCGGAUAUGACUCGUGAAGGUGGAUCAAUACCAGUCACAUUGACUUUACAAGAAGUUACGGAAAAAAGUGUUAUUCUCUUACCAAUUGGUAGUGCCGAUGAUGGUGCACAUUCCCAAAAUGAAAAAAUCAAUCGAAAAAAUUAUAUUUAUGGCUCUAAAGUUUUUGCUGCAUACAUUUAUUUUUUAUCUUUACUUUAAA